GAGACGUACACUGCGUGGGGGAAAAAGCGCGUCACGUUUGCGCUCUGGUGUUUGGUGAAGUGUGGCGCUGUCCUGCGCCUUUCCAUCUCCGUGCCAUGUACGUGCCGUCGAUCGUGCGCGGCGGCUCAGUUGGCUGUUUGUUGGGCAGCUGCGCUCUCUACUCCCGUGACCGAUGCCCGUCAUGACUCUCUAAUAAUUUUUUUUUUUUUAAGAAAAAUCGCUCAAUGGGAUUUGGGCAAAAGGAGCGUUCCACCCGCUAAAGAGGGCAGACGCACGGAUUUAACACGGUUUGUCGCUGUUUUGGGGGGGCUGCAUCUCAAGAAGCUUCAAAGGUCUGCAUAUGGGGGCAGGGAAAAGCAAGCCCAAGGAGCCGGGCCAGCGCUCCAUGAGCCUGGAUGGUACCAUUGGCACAGGCUCAGACAGCGGUCAUUUCCAUCAUCUGGGGCCUGUCCAGCAGACUCAAACUCCCAACAGGAGCCCAGCUGUCGGGACGGGAAGGCGGGGCCAUCAAGGGCAGUACCAAAACGCGCCAACAAACACUCCCGAGCUUACCCUCUUUGGAGGGGUGGACCACACAGGCAAUGUCACCUCACCUCAACGAGGACCGCUGUCAGGAGGUGUCACUACAUUUGUGGCGCUGUAUGACUAUGAGUCACGGACGGCGUCUGAUUUGACCUUUAGGAAGGGCGAUAGGCUGCAGAUUGUCAACAACACGAAAAAGUACAGCUUCAGAGAAGGGGACUGGUGGUUGGCUCGCUCCCUGACAACAGGAGAGAGCGGUUACAUCCCCAGCAACUACGUGGCCCCGUCCGACUCCAUCCAAGCAGAAGAGUGGUAUUUUGGGAAGAUCACUCGGCGUGAUUCCGAGCGACUCCUUUUGAACUUGCAGAACAGACGAGGAACCUUCCUGGUGAGAGAGAGCGAGACCACUAAAGGGGCGUAUUGCCUGUCAGUGCUGGAUUAUGACAACACCAAAGGCCUGAAUGUUAAACAUUACAAGAUCAGGAAGCUGGACAGCGGCGGUUUCUACAUCACCUCCCGGACUCAAUUCACCAGCCUACAGCAGCUCGUCUUCCACUACCGCAAGCACUCUGAUGGGCUGUGCCACACUCUGACAGAUGUGUGUCCAGUGGCCAAACCUCAGACUCAGGGACUGGCCAGGGAUGCCUGGGAGAUUCCACGGGAGUCACUCCGCCUUGACCUUAAACUGGGACAGGGCUGCUUUGGAGAAGUCUGGAUGGGCACAUGGAACGGUACAACACGAGUUGCCAUCAAAACCUUAAAGCCUGGCACCAUGUCUCCGGAGGCCUUUCUUCAAGAAGCCCAGGUUAUGAAGAAGCUAAGACAUGAGAAGCUGGUUCAGCUUUACGCUGUGGUGUCUGAAGAACCCAUCUAUAUAGUGACCGAGUAUAUGAGCCAAGGUAGCUUACUGGACUUUCUUAAAGGCGAAUCAGGGAAGAUGCUACGCCUGCCUCAGCUGGUAGACAUGGCAGCUCAGAUUGCAGCCGGCAUGGCCUAUGUGGAAAGGAUGAACUAUGUCCACAGAGACCUACGUGCUGCCAACAUCCUGGUGGGAGACAGCCUGGUGUGUAAGGUGGCUGACUUCGGUCUGGCAAGACUUAUUGAAGACAACGAGUACACUGCCAGGCAGGGAGCCAAGUUUCCUAUCAAAUGGACGGCACCAGAGGCAGCACUGUAUGGACGUUUCACCAUCAAAUCAGACGUCUGGUCUUUUGGUGUGUUGCUCACAGAACUUGCAACGAAAGGCAGAGUCCCCUAUCCAGGUAUGGUGAACCGUGAGGUGCUUGACCAGGUUGAGCGUGGCUAUAGGAUGCCCUGUCCGGCAGAAUGUCCCAGCUCAUUGCACGAGCUCAUGCUUGCUUGCUGGAGGAAGGAUCCAGAAGAGAGGCCCACGUUUGAGUACCUGCAGGGCUUCCUAGAGGACUAUUUCACCUCUACAGAGCCCCAGUAUCAGCCUGGGGAGAACCUGUAGAACCAUAUACUAAACCGUCCUUGGGGAGAACCUCAACACAGAACGAUCUGCACUACUGACCUCAGGAGCGCCAUCGGAAAGCUUAGCCUGAUCCUGUGAAACUCAUCUUGGAGGCACUUUAGAUUCUUCUGUAGAAUUCAAACUGAUCCAUGCAAAGGUCCUCUCUGUUCCGCAAAGGAUCUGCUACAGAAGAACUUGAAGAACUUCCUUUCUGCAAGCACUCACUGUUUACUUUAGGUUAAAAGGUUCAGUCAAUUGACAGGUAAAUGUUUUCAAGAGGUGCAGCUGGAACCAAUCAGGAUCCAAUGUACUGAGUAAGAGAAGAACGAGAAUAGUCCUCGUGUUGAAGAGAGAAGGUCACGGGAGGACAUUUGUUUCAGGAGCCUCCCUCUUUCCCUCUUCUGUCACGUCUCUUCAUUCUCAUCUGGUACCUUCUCCGACUCGUCCAAAGAAGAGUGCUGCCAAUCUGGCAUUGGGAAGUAUGUCUUUAUCUUGCUCUUCAGCCUUUUUGAUCUUUCUUUUGGACUUUUCAUGGUGUCUCUGCAGUUUUCUCAAGUGAUGCUUCUUCAAAGUAUCUCCCAAUAACUCUGAUCUAGAACCUCUACAUCCCCUUUUAUUUGGACUUUGCUCAGUGUCAGGCAAAAGGUCCUGAUUGUUUUGUUUUUUGGUACGUUGUUCUGUGAUUAUUAAUUUUCAUGAUUGUUACAGCCAUAAUUGUGGUUGUGCCAGGGCAAAAGUACUCCACAGGCAGGUUCUGCAAACCCUGAAAAUGAGGUAAUCUGAAUUAAAAACAGAAGUCUUAAUAGAAAUACCAAUUUAUGAGGCCUUUUGUUGUUUGUUCUUUGCCAGGGAGGUUUGUUAAAGUCACUGAGUCUGAUCCGCAUAAAACUGUGGGACAAAGGUUUUGGUCCUUGGUGAAGGCAUGCACUCAGAGUGCCCCUCUAGCUGUGUACUUAAUACCCCCUGUGUUUUCCAUUUAUCUUUAUUUGCCCACAGUGAAUGGACAUUUAGGCCGGCUGUAUCCAAUCUUGAUGAUUUAAAAAAAAAUAGAUUCAGGUAUUGUUUAAUGCUUCUUCUUUUUAUUAUUUGCCUUCAUUUAGCAAGAAGGUUGCAUUGGAAAAUAAUCAGUGCUGUUCUGGUGGCUUCAAGGAGCAGUUUGAACAGGGUUCAACCUGCAUAAAAGGGGUAAGCAGCUGACAUGGUUACUGAAUAUUUGUCAGAUUCAUUUUAUCACAGGGAAAGAAUACUGUGUUCUGUGCCAACAGCUUGUAUUUGUUCACUGCUGUCCAUGUAAAUAUAUUGAUUAUUUUGUUGUUAUGGGGCUUAUUGAGAAUUUUUGUUUAUCAAUGGGUAACUUUGCCUAAAAACUCUGCACCAACCCCACAACUAUUUAUGAUUUAGCCAACGGGACGGAGACGUUUGUAAAAUGAUGCUUUUGUUCAUUUGAGAAGCUAUAAAUUCCUUAACAAUUAGGCGUUUUUUUGGAUAUUGAGCUGUCAUGAAUUUUCAAUGUCAACCAUGGCAGACUCCCUCCCCCCCCAAGGGCUGCCAAUGAUAACUGUUUACUGAUCAAUCUUGUUAUCAGCGAUAAUGAUAUUGAGAACAUAAUUAGUUGAAUUUAUUUACUAUACAUUGUUCUCUGGAAGACCCUGAGAUAGACUGGCGUCCUGUCCAGGGUUACCCCACCUACGCCCUGUGACUGCUGGGACAGGCUCCAGCACCCCCGCGACGAGGUAUUGAAAAUAAAUGAAUGUUCUUGGGAAGUCAUUUGAACAAUGCAAGUGAGUAUUCACGAUGGCCACCAUUGUCAAGGUGGCAGCCAUAAUUUCUAUGAAAAUUGUAAUUGCAGUGUUUGAGAGAGAGGUCUGAUAUGGAUGGUUAGGGUGUCAAAAAUGCUUUAUUUAUUUAUUUUAUAUUUUUUAAAGCAUACCAUGGCUGUCAUCUUGUAGUGGAAGUGGGGGAGAUUGCCAACCCAAGCAGUGUCCUCCAGAGGCAUGUGCAGGCUUAAACUGUCCCGUGCAGGGCACGUCAGUCUUACCCACGUCAUGUGCCACCUCUUUACCUAGUUAUGGGUUGACUGGGAGAUCCACCAAGUCUGAGCUAAGCUACUCUUCAGAAAAUGUAUGGGUGACAUCACUGAGGGUUUGUACACUAUAUGUAUAUCAAGUCUUUGGGUUAAUCCUACAUUAUUAAAGCUCCACAAUCAAACUCUGUAUCAUGAAAAAAAAUGUUUGAUUUAACACCAAGAUGAUCUGUAUCAUACUAGUCUAUAGAACGUAAUUGCAAUUGCAGUUUUCAUACUGGUCAUGGCCUCCAUCUUGAAAAAUGGCCGCCAUUGACUUUUCCAUCACUUGCAUGCAUUGUCGAAAUGGCUUUCCACAAAUUAUGUCUGGCAAUUAACCAAUCUGUGUGUCAUAUCUAUUGCUGAUAAUAUUGAUCUGAAAAGCCUCGCCAUUAACAACUACGAGUGAUGUAUUGGCUCAAUGACCAAUUAUUUGUGGACUGUCUGACUAUAGAGAAUUACCAAAAUAUAUGCUUUCAUUAUAAAAUACACAAUUGUUAGGUUGUCUGCACCACUGCUGUUACAU